CGAUCUUAACUACUUAAUUUACUCCUAAUUAGGGUAAGUAUUCUGGUGCAAGUGGAAAUGAAACACCCUCCUCCCCACGUGGCUUGAAUGCACCUAGCAAAGAAAACCAAAAAAGAAAGAUCCCGCGAAAAGCCAUUGGCAGUGGGCCAGUGGCUUCUUUUCUUUCUCCUCUGCUGAUUUUCCUAGAGACCAAUCGCCGAUGGAGUCAGAUGCGAAGGGGAAGGGGGAGAUAAGCGUGGAAGGAUACAAGGAAAGCAACAUAAAGAAAGCCAGGUUGCAGUCGACGCUUGCUGCCCUUGUCAGUGAUCCUAUACUUUCCGACGUUCCCAAAAAACCAACCUUAUCCGAUGUUGACACUCUCAUCAGCCUCGAAUUGGGCAGCGCCAUGCGCAUCUCCGUCCUAAAGCUCGGCGGCACUUCCUUCGUGAUGAAUUCUUCUACGAUGAAGGAUCUUAAGCUUGCAAUCAGGAAGAAAAUCAAUGAGAUGGAACAAUCUAAGAUGGGUCACCGCCACAUUUCAUGGAAGCACGUUUGGAGGAAUUUUUGCCUCUCAUACGACAAUGAGAAGCUACUAGAUGACAGUGCUCCAGUUCAGCAUUUUGGCAUACACAACCAUUCUCAGAUGCCUUUUGUUCCUUAUAUUGCGCCCAAGGAUUCUCGUAAGCAUUCGAAGAGGAGGAGACACCGCUUCUUUCACGGCCUCAGCAAGCUUUCUUGAUGCUUCAUAGUAUUAGCUUGGUAUAUCUGCUUUUUCCUUUGCUUAAUCUUUCUUGCAGCACAGUGAUGCGCAGCUUAUGGUUCUUUAUUUUUGUAAAUACACAACAUUCUGUUUUCCCCCUUGUUUCUAAUGGAUUAAACACAUUUUGCAAUAAAAUGAGAUAUCAAUGGA